GCGAGCGCGUCUGCAGGCUCUUUCUCAAGUUUCCAUGUGGAAUAUAGCUAUAGCUAUUCCCCCCCCGGAAUGAUUUCCGCUAAUUAUAAAGGCAAAACGUCUUCCGAUGAAGAAGAUGAUGGUCAGGGUUCACGGUCAUCUCCGCCGGAGCGUUCAGUCCGGACGCAAAGUCUCCCGUUCAGCGUCGAAGCCCUCAUGUCGAAGAAAGCAGGACGGAGUGAAUCAACUUCACACGAACCGAUUCAGAUGCCAUGCAUAAUAAAUCCAGUGAUCUAUUCAGAGUCAGUGGAUUUCCCCAAACGCUGUGAAUCUGUCAAAGAGGACUCUUCCUGGAUCAAUAAACCCAGAUUAUCACCGCGACCGCCGAGUCCCGCGACAUGCACUCUCCGAAAGCACAAGACAAACCGUAAACCCCGAACCCCUUUCACCACCGCUCAGCUCUUGGCCCUGGAGCGGAAGUUCCGUCAGAAGCAAUACCUGUCUAUCGCAGAACGCGCCGAAUUCUCCAGCUCUCUCAGCCUGACCGAGACCCAGGUGAAGAUCUGGUUCCAGAACCGAAGAGCGAAGGCCAAGCGGCUGCAGGAGGCAGAGCUGGAGAGGCUCAAAAUGACCAGCAAACCCAUCUUACAUCCCAGCCUCACUCUGCCGUUUACACUCUCUACGCAAACCCAGACAGCAGCUCUAUUGUGCGGACAGUCUUUCCCUUUCAGCAGACAUAUGCUGCCCUUUGCACCUGUAGGAAUAUACUCCACACCGGUGGGUUACAGCGUGUGUCCUCUCUCCAAAGACGGCUUCUCUGUGGAGCCAGUCUAG